AUGGCCGUCUAUCAUAUGGCAACAUGUAAUUGGAUUCCAUUUAUUUUAUCCACCUAUACGAGUUGAGAAUACUAGCCGUACUGGAAAGUGACCUUUCUUGAAAUUUUGUCUGCGCUCUGUGGCGGCGUAAUCGCGGCUCUCUCGUUAGUGUGGGUUAGUCAAACGCACUGUCGCAGUUGUCUCAAGGCGACAAUGGGGGCUAGUGAAAGUACGAGGAGAAAAGUGUCAUUCGGCCUGGAUGAGGAAGAGAAGGUCACAGUAAUUCAAGGAGUGAAGCUGUCAGGAGACCUUCUUCAGAGGCUUCGAGGAGGAACAGGCAGUGUUAAACCAACGCCGCCACAGCCUGCCAGCCACAAACCUGACCCAGGUUCAGGAUCUGGACCCACAGCUGCUGAGGCACAGGAGGAGCUACGGAAAAAGUUUGAGUUGGAGCAAACCCGGGUCCAGGACCAGUUGGCCCGUCUGGCCCAGAGGGAGAGAGAGGCAGCGGAGGCUAUGGCGGUGGCGGCCGGGGCAGGGAGGGAUGCCCACGACGACCUGAACCCCGCGCUGCUCCUAGAGAGAGGCAAGAGUCAUGAGGAGCUGAUGAAGGCCCGGCAGCUGCCGGCGGAACUGGAUGCUCGGGCCAAGCAGCUGAAGAAGAAGGAGGCUGAACUGCAACACCUUGCUGCCUUCUACAAGGAACAGCUACAGGUCCUGGAGAAGAAGGUAAUGAGUUGGAGGGAGGUUGCCAGAAUCUUGACCACUACCAGCACACGACUGAGCAGUACAAAGAGGCAGCCACAAAGGCCGAGGCUCAUAUCAAACCCGUACCGGCCACGUCCGUCUGUCCGGAGCUGCAGGCCCAGGUGUUACAGUGCUACAGACAGAACCAGGAGCAGACCCUUCAGUGUUCCGGCCUGGCCAAGCAGUACAUGGACUGCAUCCAGGCCGCCAAGAAGAAAAUUAGCGCCCGGAUGUCUCUGAAAAUUCUCUUGGAUUCUUGACCUGGAAUCUACUGUUGGUAACAGGGAUUCAGCUCACCUGGCCCUGAAGCAGCUGUGAGACCGCUCAUACUCCUCUGUCAAGCAUAGAGACUGAGCCAGUGAAACUAUGUCAGCUGUUCCCUACUACCAGAGGCUAUGUAAAAGAGUUGGUCCAAUGUAGUUUCUGGUCUAAGGAAUUCACACUGUACAAAGUAUUAUUCUGAUACACUGGAAUACUGAAAUAUUAUGAAUAUGUCCAGUGAUUCAUGCAAUUUGUCGACUCCACGAGAACAUAGAUCGGACUGAGAUAGACACUGUGCUGAAUGCAAAUCAAGAACAUAUCUGUUAUUUUGUGACCAAGGUUUUAUUUUAUUUAAUAAAUGUAUUUCCUAAUGAGGCUACACAUUAACAGUAAUACUUCAAUAACUUCAUACUGCAUAUGCAUACAUACAUACAUACGCACAUUUCUACAUACAUAUGCAUCUACAUGUCUACAAAUAUACACAUAAAGACAGUACAUAAACCCACAAAUAUAAAUAAUAUACCAAUAUUUCUUCAGGAAAUUAUGUACCUUCCCAAGCACUCACAUACAGCUCUGGAA